AUGGGGGCCGGGGCGAGCGCCGAGGAGAAACACUCCAGGGAGCUAGAGAAGAAACUGAAAGAGGACGCCGACAAAGAUGCCAGGACCGUCAAACUUCUGCUGCUAGGUGCUGGUGAGUCAGGGAAAAGCACAAUCGUCAAACAGAUGAAAAUUAUUCACAAAGAUGGUUACUCCCUUGAAGAGUGCUUGGAGUUCAUUGUCAUCAUCUACAGCAACACCCUGCAGUCGAUCCUGGCCAUCGUGAGAGCCAUGACCACACUCAACAUUUCCUAUGGAGAUGCUGCUGCGCAGGAUGAUGCAAGGAGGUUGAUGCACUUAGCAGACACCAUCGAGGAAGGCACCAUGCCAAAAGAGCUGUCUGACAUUAUCCUGAGGUUGUGGAAGGACUCGGGCAUCCAGGCGUGCUUUGACAGAGCCUCCGAAUACCAGCUCAACGACUCUGCCGGAUACUAUCUGAAUGACCUGGAGAGGUUAAUCCAACCUGGCUAUGUCCCUACUGAGCAGGACGUCCUGCGUUCACGAGUGAAGACCACCGGUAUCAUCGAGACCCAGUUCUCCUUCAAGGACCUCAACUUCAGGAUGUUUGAUGUGGGUGGUCAGCGCUCAGAGAGGAAGAAGUGGAUCCAUUGCUUCGAAGGUGUGACCUGUAUCAUCUUCAUCGCUGCUCUGAGCGCAUACGACAUGGUGCUGGUGGAGGACGAUGAAGUGAACCGAAUGCAUGAGAGUCUCCACCUGUUCAACAGUAUCUGUAACCACCGUUACUUCGCCACCACAUCCAUUGUACUCUUCCUCAACAAGAAGGACGUCUUCGUGGAGAAGAUCAAGAAAGCUCACCUAAGCAUGUGCUUCCCUGACUAUGAUGGUCCCAACACUUUUGAGGAUGCUGGUAACUACAUCAAGGUGCAGUUCUUAGAUCUGAACUUGCGACGAGACGUCAAAGAAAUCUACUCCCACAUGACCUGUGCCACAGACACAGAGAACGUCAAGUUUGUGUUCGAUGCCGUAACAGACAUUAUCAUCAAAGAAAAUCUCAAAGACUGCGGUCUCUUCUAAACAAGAGGAAGAGGUGAUUAUUACAUAAUAUAAAUAUUAAGUGGUAAGCAUACAUUAAGUGGUAGCAUAUUAAAUAUUGAAUUUCUAUACAUGCAUGAUUAAAAAGUCUUUCUUCUUUUACAGAGCGGCUUGAUCGACAAAACCCAAUACUGACCCAUUGCCCCUUGUAGCCUUUCCUUUCCUCCCUGGGUAAUGAGGAAUUCUCCAGUGCACACAUACAUACACACGAGCAACAUGAAUUGAUAAAAUCGUGAAAACGUAAAUAGUCGUUCCUGGGAUCUACAUUUGAUUAAACACCCUGCAUACAAGUAAAUAACGGAGCCUAAUACAUAUUCAUAGCAGCCUGAAGUCAUAAAUAACAACACGUAUAUGAGAAAUGUUCGGCUCUAUUAGAUUUUUGCAGUGUUCUGUCCUGUAGAUUUGCGACUACACUUCACGCAGCUGUAAACCAAAUAACUAUUCUUCUGAAACACCUGCAUAUGCACUUCAGCAUCUUCAUGCAAGUACAUUAUGAAGUAUUUCAGUUAUACGUUAUAGCAGUUACUGUGUCAAGUUCAAACUUUUACUGCUGGCUGAGAAACGUUUUAACUUUACUGGGAAGAAAGUUCUGUUUUAUUUAGAGAGGAGUAAUAUCAGGUCAAGGCCCACGAUUGAAAUCUCUAUGUAAGAUGGACGACUUUGAUGAAAAGAUAGCAUGUAAUAAGUUGUUUAGCUCAAGAGCUGCUAGAUGAGAGGCAAAGAAUACAUUUUUUGGGUGCAUUGAUUAAAAUACAACAGCAAAUAUUGAUUAAAAGGGCAAAACUAAUUGCAAAACCAUAUACAAUCACGCAAAUGUAAAUUGAAGAAAUAAAGCUUCUGUAGACAAGACUGGAACUGAUGUGUUUGUCCUUUAGGUGUCAUGAAAGAAUGCACACCAAUGAACAACUUAAACAAGUGUUUCUCAAUUGGUGGGUCGCGGAAUGUACGGCCAAAGAAAAGACAUCGCGUGACAUUUAUUUUAAAAGACGUGCGUGAAAGCCGUUACGCUUCUGUCAGAUGCAGUUUAACAGAGUGCCUGAGAAAAAUGCUGUCUCAAUUCAGCCGCGGUAACUUACGAAAUAAAAAGCCUAUCAAAAGCAAACUAUCCUGUCGUAAUGCGCACUCUUCAAUGUGGCGCGCCGCAUAUAAUUUUUCUCCAUAUCACAAACUAUACGAGCAUGCAACGCGUGAAAUAUAAGUGGGCCUACAGUACCGAUAAAUAACAUAACUGGUACUGCGUGUGUCAACUGAGACGGAUUUGCAUUCUAUUCAGUAGCAGAUUGCAUUUUUCAUAAACAGUUCAUGUUAGUAUAUGCACAGCAACGGUUGUUAACAUAAUUAUCAUUAUUGUGCAAUUUUGUAUGUUUAAAUCAUUCAUACCAAGUUAAUCGUAUAAACAAAAACUAGUUUGGAACUGCUAUUUAUAUUCUCAACAGUAUUAUUAUUAUAAUAAUUAUUUUAUAAAUUAUCUUUUAAAUGAUCUAUUAUAAGACAUAUUUUAAUUGUAUGACUAUAUAGACAUAAGACACUUGAGUUUUGCAGGUUGUGCUUAACACCAGCACACCCAGGCUUAUUAAUUUUGAGAGGUUUAGAUACAGCUUAAUCACAUAAUAUCACUGUCUUCUAUAAUGAUUG